AUGGCUAAGCGAACCCCUGGUGGCAGGAUGACACCUGCCGCCAGUCUUUGGCGUGCCAGUACCUUCCCUCUUUUCCUGCUAGCAGCCCUUCUUCUUAUUGUCUUACCAGCCAAUGGCUUGCACACACACCGAUGGGCUCAUGGUCACUCGCGGGUCGAACGAGUGUUGCAUAAACUAGUCACUCGUGAGAGUGACUGGGAUGCAUUCAAGAGAAAAGGGCAGGCUCUUCAUUGUGCGAUGGACGGUGAUCAGGAAGCCGCAAAUCAUGCCGUUGCUGCGCCAACCAGCAGAUGGACAGACUAUGGAGACUUGCAUAGAUAUGGAUGGGUCGUUGAUCCGGACAGAGAUGCGGGCUUAACGCUUGCACAAGAGCUUCUUGAGGACACCUUCGAGGAGCUUAACAUUGAUGCAGACCAAAACACGAGAAUACUCAUUUCUCAAUCACGACCUGUAACGGUUGACGGGAAGAAAUAUAAGGAAUCUGAAGGCUCUUAUCAGAGUCUGUUUAAUGUGGAUGCCGGUAUGAUCGUCGCAGAUGAUAAUUCCAGCCCAGAGAAUGAACAACCAGAUUGGGUCAAGGAAGCUUUUGUGCCGCUGAGGCAGUGGUCUGAUGUGAUUUUUCUCCUCUGGAAGAGGGUUGCCAAGAGUAAUGCCGGGGGUCUCCGGCAUAUCUUCCAAAGCAUAGUUGCCAAUCAGCAAACUUUGAAUAUCAUGCGACAGGCUAUUGGGGAGGCUGAUGACUUUAAAGACUGGGAUAAGUACUCGCCAAUACAGGAGAACGGGAGGACUUUCAGGCCAGGCUCUGAUGAGUACUAUGCGCUGCUCUACUCUCCGAAUGGUCGCGGCAUUGGUUGGAUGUUGACACAGCACAAGACUCAGCUAGGCCUUCUGACGGUUUCCUCAAUUACGGUAUUCGGAAGUGAUGGUGAACCUGUACUGUACUUUAAGAUUGACCCUGUUGAACAGAGCGAUUGA